GUGCGUAGUCGGAUUGCAGCUCUAGUACGGUUGACAUGUCGAAUCGACGCAUGCGCAUUGAGAGCCACAUCCGUGUCAUUGUGACCCCGCCGAGCAGCCCUGGUCAGAAACCUCGAAGGAAACAGUUGCAAAGUACCAAGCCGCAAUCCAGGCAAUUGAGUCCCGGCUUUACUCGGAAAUCACCCGGCGUCAAGGAGCGACCUCGAUCCGGAUCGCACUGCCUGCAGGUUCCAGGGGCGAUAAACGUCAGAGGGAGAGCCGAUAGCAAGAACGACAACACCGAUGACAACACGUUGCCUAACAGAAGCAGGAGUUACUCCCCUUUCGACGAACGGAAACAAAUACCCUGUGGAUCACCUACUUUCGAGCGCGUUCUACGCGACAUGCUGUUAGAAUCGACUUCUCGUGGUGGAUUUAAUAACAAUGAUACAAACAAAGAUGAUGAUACAGACUUGCAGCAAUUAAGUUUUAAAGUCGGACAUGUGUCUUUUAGAUGACACAGAAGUUAUUACAGUUUGUAUCUCGGUAAACCAUAUACAUGCAAAAUUCUUUGAACGUCUUAGCAUUAAUUUGUUUUUAUGCGCUCUUUGAUCUUCAUUGUUCGACAAUCAAAACUGUCCAAUCCAUUGAACAAAUGUGUUAUUCACUCAUAUGUUCAAACUCUUUAUAGAUGAUACUAGCAAAUAUGACUAACGAGGUAUUUCUGAAUGCAGUUCUUAUAAUACUUUGAUAUUUCUUCCAGAAGUAUUGAUCUUCCCCUUCUUGAAGUAUGGACUACUUCGGGUCUAGAAAAUAAUCACAUGUUUAUUGUUCCUGUAUUCUUCUUUUAUUUCAUUAUUUUGUUUAACGACAUUAAACACAGAUUGUUUUAUGAUCUUUGGCUAUCCCGAUUAUAAAUCCCUUGCGUGUGCGGGCGCGCGCAUAAAUGGUAAGACUAGUAAAUAUUGCAAAAUUGCAUUUUUUUUACAUAACAUUAUUAAUAUUUUGUAAGUAUAAUCAUACUAGCGUAGUUAACUACUCUAUAUGUCUUUAUGUAUAUAUUUAUGCAGAUUGAUUAUGAAAGUUAAUGAAUACAUAUGUCAUUGAAUAUGAAA